AUGGCAACUUCUUCCACUCUCUCCUCUCCUUUCCUUCUCCUGUGCGCGCUGGUUCUUUCUGACUCCAGCCUCGCCGCCUCCCUGGACUCUGGCAUGAAGCUCACAAACGUCCCGGAGAAAACCAACCACCUCCAGCCCCAAGAACAGAACAAGGACGUGUCCCUGGGUUUGGAGCUCCCACAUCCUGAGAGGGAGAACCAGUCCCCUGGGUCCGAGAGGGGAAAGAAGCAGAACCGGGAGCGGCGGCGGCACGGCCGCAGGGAUGGGCUGAAGCCCCCCAGAGGGAGGACUCCUGCUGCUGGGCCGAGCUCCCUGUACAAGAAACCCGAGAGCUUUGAAGAACAGUUUCGAAACCUGCAGGCAGAGGAAGCUAUGAGUCUGACCCCCAGCCCACUGCUCAUCGCUGCGCUGGAACCGGCUGUUUCCACAGAAGAACCUCCUGCUCUUCCAGCCACGUCACCUCGGUCACAGGCGCGUCCCAGGCAAGAUGGGGACGUGAUGCCCACCCUGGACAUGGCACUCUUCGACUGGACGGAUUAUGAGGAUCUCAAACCAGAAAUGUGGCCGUCUGCUAAAAAGAAAGACAAACGCCGCAGUAAGAGCCCCAACAGCGGAAACGACACCACAACAGCAGAAGGAGAGCCGUGCGACCAUCACCUCGACUGCUUCCCAGGCUCGUGCUGCGACCUGCGCGAGCACCUCUGCAAACCCCACAACCGAGGCCUCAACAACAAAUGUUACGACGACUGCAUGUGCACUGAAGGGCUCCGCUGUUACGCCAAAUUCCACCGGAACAGAAGAGUGACGCGGAGGAAAGGGCGCUGUGUGGAGCCCCAGUCGGCCAACGGAGAGCAGGGGUCGUUCAUCAAUGUUUAG